AUGUCAGUUCAGAAUUUACUAUUUUUAUCAUCGUAUCAUUAUCGUUAUAUAAUAAUUAUUAUAUUAUUAAUUAGUUUUUUCUUCAUAUUCGAUUGGACGUCAAUUUCUAAAUCUUCUCAUCGUUUUAUCAUACCAUCGAUUAGAAAUAAUUUACUCAUUCGUAAUUUAUCUAUCAGUAAAAAGUCAGUUCAAAAACAAUAUCCAUUUAUUAAUCGAACAAUAAAUAUCAACAAUAGUCGUGUUGUUCGUUUAGCUGUUGUGUCAGCUAUCUAUAGCGAUGAUUACGUGGAAGGUAUCGAAGUUCUGGGCUAUAGUCUUCGGCGAAUCAAUAUUCAAGCUGAUUUAAUUCUUUUUUAUAUUUCAAAUCGAUUGAAUCAAGUAACAUUAGAUCGAUGUCGUAAAGUUGGAUGGUUUUUAUAUGCUGUUCGACGUAUCGAACCACCUCGAUUUGCUAUUAUCUAUCAACGAUUUCAUGAUCAAUAUACCAAAUUACACAUAUGGUCGAUGAUGGGCUAUGAUAGAGUGUUAUAUCUGGAUGCUGACACACUUGUUAUCCGAGACGUAAAUGAAUUAUUAUAUGGAACUAUUUUUGAAGAUGAUCGUGAUGAAUUACUCGGUGUAGUAGAAGAUGUUUGGCAAGGACAGUUAGGACCAAAUUUUAAUGCUGGUGUACUUCUAAUUCGUCCGAACGUGACUAUUUUUAAUGAUAUGCUUAUAAAAAUGCAUAAUAUGGCCGCAUAUGGUUCUUAUUGGGCAGAACAAGGAUUUCUUAAUUGGUAUUUCAAAGGAAGCACGGGCCGUUUACCUUUGAUUUAUAAUUUUAACAAUGUUCUUGCUAUUUAUCAUCGUGAUAUUUAUAAGCGAUUACGGACUCGUAUGAAAAUCAUUCAUUACACAUAUUAUAAACCAUUUCAUAUCAAAAAGUUAAAUCAAUUAUCUGACCCUUCGUUAAUUGAAUUAUGGAAUAUGUGGAAUCGAAUGCAUGAUGACAUGCUGAACCAAUCGCUCAUUUCAUAA